AUGACACUCACAGGCGUUGCACUUCUGAGCGCUCUCGGCUUGGCGAGUGCCUGGGGACCUCCUUCUGGUCGUCCUGAUGGACCUUGGGGCUGGGAAGGUCGAGAUUCUUCAUCAUCGUGGGACCUGAAGAAAUUCACGACACUGGUGGCCUUUGGAGACAGUUACACGGACGACUCAAGAUUGAGUUACAUUUCAGCUCACAAUGGAUCUCUGCCGCCUGUCGGAUACGACAACCCGCCGGUGAGUCCAGCAGAUCUGUCCAACAAUGGGCAAACCUCACAUUCCACCAGAACUACGCCGCAGCAGACGGCGGCCGCGUCUGGCCUCAGUACGUCAAGCAAUACACCGGCGCAAACCUCUACAACUAUGCCGUUGCCGGCGCCGUCUGCUCCAACGACAUCACACCGAAAACAUACGUCUACCUCCAAAUCCUCUUCCCUGCCGUCCAGCAGUACGAAAUCCCCGCCUACCUGGCAGACUACAACUACACCGACCCCAACGGCCAGAAAUUCAUGACCGCGCCUCCCAACGAGACAGUCUACAGCAUCUGGAUUGGAGCCAACGACCUGGGAUCCUACGCCUUCAUCACCGACUCCCAAGUCCAAGGCACCAAUCUCGUAAACUCGACCGAUUGCGUGUACGCCCAAAUCCAACGGCUCUACGACAAUGGAGGGCGCUAUUUCGUCGUGCAAAACGUCCCGCCUUUGAAUCUGGCUCCGCUGUAUGCACUGCCGGAGAAGGGCGGCGUGACGAGUAAUUAUGCCUACUGGCCCGAUAAGCCGAGUAAUUUAACGGAAAUCUCGUAUCGCAUGAUGGAGCAGGUGGCUACUACGAAUGCGAUUCAUCACUAUCGAAGUCCUUUUGAGGUGGAGUUGACGACGAGGUUCCAGGGCGCGAGGUUUGCGGUUUAUGAUGUGAAUGGGUUGGUGAGUGUUGCUGUUCUUUCCUGUCAAUUGAAAGGAGCUUACUGACCGACGGCGGGUUUUUUCCUCUCAGAUGACGGACAUUUACAAUUCUCCCGCGGAGUACUUGAAUGGCACCGCGCCGUUGAAUGUCACGGGCGUGGUGCAUCGCUGCGAUGCUACGGGGAACCACUGCGUUACGAAUGCGAGCCCGGAUAGUUAUCUGUGGUACGAUGACUUGCAUCCCAGCGAGCAGACGGAACGGGUCAUUGCGAGGGAGUUUGUCAAUGUCGUGAAGGGCACGAGCAGGUGGGCGAUGUACUGGGGAGGGGAGAAGCGAGGGUGGUAA